UCGAUAAUUCUGUCUUUCUUAUGAAUAUUCGUUAUUGUGAUUGAUUUCCGGCAUUGUUCUCAAAAGUGAAACGUUUUUGCCUGUAUUUGAGUAAAGUGAUUUGGUGAUUACGGAUUAUGUAAGGAUCUCAGGGUGGAUUUUGAUGCAAUUCGGCUGCCAAAUAUAUAAUUAACAUAGGCGGUUUUGUGUAUUUGUAGAAUUAGCAACUAGCAGUUAAUGAAGACCGUCGUGGUGUAUCGGGCGGUGAUCAUUUACACAUAUAUCUGUGUAAACAGAACCGUAGGUAACUUCAUACAUUGCGUGUUAUUUGUCAGUCGAAGGUGAUAUUGAAAAUCGGCCACCUAAUAUUUUCUCGUUUAUGCAGAGCGUCGUUAUCGUGGUUGAUUUGCGAUAAGCUGCCAUGCCGUUUAUAAUCUUAUCAUUGAGUGAUAAUAGUUAUAAGUGUCAGUGAGUUAUGUGCUGUACUGUACGCUGGUACUUGUGCCACGACAGGUAACAACUCCUGAAGUCAAUUGGUAUUUCUACCUUGUGCUGUUAGAAUUUGAGAGUGACCAUGACGUCGAAACAUCUUUUCAUGCUAUUGUUGGCUCUAUUUGCGAGUACAAUAGCUCAAAGUGACGAUGAAUUACACAUUCCUGUUGAAAAUGACAAUCAGUUUCCUCCCGACAAUCAUCCUGAAGCUGACGGCAGCGCUAUAGAGGGUAGUGGGGCAGGAAUUAUCGAAGAGCCGCUUGAAGCGAGUACUGGGACAUCUGCGCUGUUAUUAGACGACGCGCAAUUGACAUCUUUAACAAACAUCGUACCAGUGGUCGAACCAGAAGAACACGCUUGUCCUAAACCAUGUGUCUGCAACAUAGAGGGAGACACAAACAAGUAUAUCGUGGAUUGUUCUGGAUACGAACUGACUGAAUUACCGAAACCUUUGGAUCCUAAAACUACAGACCUUAACCUACAGAAUAACAAGAUAACUGAAAUACCAAAAGAGAUUUCUGAAUUGAAGAACUUGAAAGUACUGAAUGUUAACAACAACGAAAUCAUGAAGAUUGAUUCUGGUUCUAUAAGUGAACUACCUGAGCUAACGAGCCUGAAACUUGGAAACAACAGACUUCUAGAAUAUCCGCAAGAUCUAAAGAAUGGUUUUGGUCUAACUAAAUUAGAAGAACUUGAUUUGGGAGGCAACGACAUGAGAACGGGUAUUAAGCCGGAAUCGUUUACUAACUUCAAAGCUCUUCGAUCACUGACGUUACCAACUACUGCAGCUAAUCUGGCAGAGGACUUGUGUGCGGCAAUGAAAGAAUCUUUAGUAUCCGUGUGUACCGGAACAUGUAAUGAAAAAACGUUUGAAUGUCCUGACGCACCACAAACUUCAGAUUUAGAAGAAGGUUUACUGGACUUCGCAUUACCAGGACUUAUCGCUUUGGGAGCCACACCCGAGGAAGAUGCCGGUGAUCCAGCUGUAAAUUCCCCACCGGAAGUACAUGUAAAUAAUGAGACAGAGUCAAAUGUACCAGCUGCGCCAGAGGUUAAUGUAGAAACGACACCACAGGCCCCAAUCGCUAAUGCACCAGACGCCAAGAACUCAGUUGGAGAAUUUUCACUUCGAUCUGCAAUUAUUAAAACAUCUGACCAACCACCAGAAGCAGAGUCUAGUAGCACAGCACCUGCUAAACCAGAAAGUGAAGUAGUCGGGGCCACGACUUCAGGAUCAAAAACGGGUGGCGUCGACAAAAGCGUGAUCGGAAUGAUUGUCGCUGGAAUGGUUCUUGUGGUGGCAGGUAUAACAAUUAAGAAAAAUUGGAGUUCCAUUAGGAACAGAUUCAGCAGUUCACCCUCAAGAAAUGCAAACGACAGAGCAAAUGUUAAUGCAAACGGAACUGCGCCUGAAGAAGUCCCGCUGCAGGAGAAAUCUCCUGUGUAAACAAUACAUAGUAGUAAUGUAUGUGGUGUAAUUGUUGAUACAUGAUUUGUUUCGAUCUGAAUGUUAUAUUUAUUGACGAAAUAAUGCCACCAUUUACCGAGGCCUAAAAUGUGUGAAUGAAUUAGUGAUUUAAGAAAUUAUGGUAUGGACAUAGACUAAGUUUUGUAGAUUGUGUAGAUUUUUUGUAAAUAAGAAGGAAUGCAACAACUUGUUUUUUUACUUUGACAUAAUGAAGUACAAUUUCACAAUAAACAAAGUGUUUGUUUA